UUGAUAUAAGUGACCCGCGUUAAUUAAAGCGUUGAAUAACGAAACAAACAUCUUUCUUUAGCAGAAAGUUUUUAUUUACCUUUUCAAUUUUUAGCAGAUGUGAUCCAACAAUUCACCAGAUUUUAAUGUAAAACAAAAGAAAACAAAACAAGAAAAGAUCUGUCAGCCUGCUGUUAGUUCAUGCACCCUUGAUAGGGACUGCUAUGAAUGAUGAUGUUAUUGAAGAAGGCCCAUGCCGUAAGGCGAGAGUACAGAAAAGAGCAUUGUCUCAUUAUAGCCUUCAGUUUCCGUCAGCAAGCAGAAGGAAGACUGAAGAUAAUCAAACGGAAAACUCCUCACAACGUUCAUCUGGAGUUGCCACUAAAGCCUCAUCAUCAAAAAUUUCCCCUCAGAAAAAACAAAUUUGGUUUAAGAGCACAUUUGCAGAGGAAGGUUAUGCAAACAUCUCGAAUCCCAAAAAUUCAGAACAGAUGAUACGUCCAAUAAAAACAAGUGGCCACUGUAGAAAAGAAUCUAAAAAACUGUCAUCAACACAUUUAUCUCAGGAUAUUUUAAUAGAUGAUGGUGAUUGUGAUGAUGAGGGAGAUUUAUUUGAGAACAGUGAUGCUGAUCUAGCAGAGCUUGAUAUUUCUGGAAUUGCUAUUCAGUAUGACAGGCAGCAAAAUGCCCCACAAACAGCUCAGCUCACACAUUUUGUUGGUGCCGUCCAGCAACAGAAAAAAUUCUGUAAUGACAGAACAGAAGAAUUUCAAGGAAAUAAAACAGUUACUGGAUUAUAUGAAACACCACCAGAUGAAAUUAUUGUACAAUCUGAAAGCGCUGAUCUCUUUUCUGGUCAGCAUCUACCUCACUCAGUCAAAACUUAUUCGACCGAACUUUUCAGUCUGUCUCCACUUCACAAACCAGCAAAAGAUUCGACUAAAACCAGCAGUGCAAAAGUCUCAGAAUCCAGCCCUUUCCGAAGAAAGCUUUCUAAAGAGUCGGUAGAUGCCGACCAUUUUUCACCAACUCGUAGUUCCCAGAGUGAUAUGUUCUCCUCAUCAAUCUCAACAAUGUUAGAUUCAAUCUUUGGAAAUGAUGAUUUUGAAAUCAAAAAGAAAUCUCUGAAUCAUUUCAAGAACCAGGAGGAGAAACAAGUCAAAAAUUCUUCGAAAGAAGAAAGUGUCCUUUCUAAGGAAGAUGAUACAAAUUCGAAAACCUCUUCAAAUCCAAAGACCAUGGGUACAUCUUUUCUAAAGAAACACAUCCACCAGCGCCUAUUCCAGAAUGCUCAAGGGCACACUUCGCAAAACAUUGCUAAAUACGUUGAGAAAAUGCAACAUGAUAGGCGUGCUGAAGCAGAAGCAGGUCUUGAAAUUGUGCAGAAAGAGAAGGAGAUGGGCGUUGGCAAUUUUGAUAUUGGACCAUUCUAUGGUCUUCCUUUGAAAGUCAAAGAACUCUUUGAGAAACAGAGAGGCAUCAAGAAACUUUAUGAUUGGCAGGAAGAGUGUUUAUCAUUAGCUGAACAAUCAACCAAUCAGAAUCUCAUUUACUCUUUGCCUACAAGUGGUGGCAAGACUCUUGUUGCUGAAAUACUCAUUCUUCGACAGUUGCUGUGCCAAAAGAAAAACGCCAUGUUAGUCCUACCUUACGUUUCAAUCGUACAAGAAAAGGUGAAGGCCAUUGCAGAACUGGCUGUUGAAUUGAACUUCCAUGUAGAAGAGUAUGCAGGGAGCAAAGGUCGUUACCCACCAAUUAAUCGUCCCCAGAAGGGAACCCUGUAUAUUGCAACCAUUGAGAAGGCUCACAGUUUGAUUAAUCAAUUUAUUGAACUGAAUCGAAUGGGCAAACUGGGAUUGAUGGUUGUUGAUGAACUGCACAUGUUGGGUGAAGGAGGGCGCAGAGGUGCUGUGCUGGAAGCAACUUUAAUUAAAACUUUAAGUUAUGGAUAUUCCUGCCAAAUAAUUGGUAUGAGUGCCACAUUAAGUAACAUCAACGACCUGAAGACAUUCCUGAAGGCAGAGCUUUACAUAAAUGAUUUUCGACCUGUUACACUCACUGAAUACAUCAAGCUUGACGACAAUAUCUAUCGUGUAUGUCCAAAAUUUUCAGAAGAGAUCCUAGUUCAUAACAGAGUGGCCACAUUUCAGUACAAAAAGGAAAUGUGCAAAAUAGAUCCUGACCAUCUGCUGGGUCUCGUAUUGGAAGUCAUUCCUGACAACUCAUGUUUGGUAUUUUGUUCCACAAAGAAAAACUGUGAAAAUGUGGCAACCAUGCUGACCAAAAUGUUGGCCAAAUAUAAAAGGAACUUCUUAGAUAUUCACAAAUCUCAAAAAAAACAACUGCUGAAAGAUUUAAAAGCUGACAACAAUGGCUAUUUGUGCCCGGUUUUAGCACAAACAAUUCCUUUUGGUCUUGCUUACCACCACAGUGGGCUUACAAGUGAUGAACGGAGGUCGAUAGAAGAUGCAUACUCGUCUAACAUUUUGUGCUUAUUAGCUUGUACCUCAACAUUGGCGGCAGGUGUCAAUCUUCCUGCUAAACGAGUUAUAUUGCGCAGCCCUUAUGUUGGUAAGUACUUCAUCAGCAGAUGUAGGUAUUUACAAAUGAUCGGAAGAGCUGGUAGAGCAGGUAUUGAUAAAUCGGGAGAAAGCAUUCUGAUAGUUGCACCAAAGGACAAAGAAAAGGUUAAAGAACUGAUCAGUAAGCCAAUGGAAAGCUGUCACAGCAGUCUGGCAUAUGAUGAUGGUAAAGGGAUUCGAUUGCUAAUCCUGUCUCUUGUUGGUCUUCAGAUUGCUACAGAUGUUUCAAGUCUCUUUGUGAUAAUCUCUAAUAGCUUGUUGAAUGUCCAAAGUAAAGAACUGGAAUGUGAUAUCAAUGAACUAACGAAAAACUGCCUUCAGUCCUUGCUGGACUUGGGCCUUGUUAAACAAAAACAAAAUACUGCUUCACAUGUAGAAAAUGCUGAUGAUAAAACAGAAAACAGUUCCAUUUCUGCUAAUUUUAAUUUGGCUAUCAGUGAUUUAGGAAGGGCAGUAUAUAAAGGGUCCAUUGAUAUUGAUAUCAGUGACAAGCUGUAUAAUGAUUUAAAGAAGUCCACUGAGAUGUUAGUUGUGUCCAACUAUUUACACAUGCUGGCCCUUACAACACCCUAUGACAUUGUCUCUACCGUAACACCUUCUUGGAUAAUUUAUUUCAAACAGCUGAGUAGUCUAAAAUCAGAUGAACUCUCUGUUGCUAAUUACAUGGGGAUCACUGAGAACUAUGUAGCUCGAAAAGCUUCUGGUCAAGUGGUGAAACAGCCUGUUGAUGAAUUUGCUGUGAACCGAUUUUAUCUAACCUUGAUGUUGUUUGAAGUGUGGAAACAGAAGACCAUCUGGGAAGUGGCUAAAAUCUUUCAACAACCAAGAGGUUUUGUGCAGAAUCUCGUCAGCAGUGCUUUGAGUUUUGCUACAUGCGUUUCUUACUUCUGCAAGGAAAUAAAAGAAUUCUGGGGCCUCAGUGCCUUGUUUGAGCUGUUCAUUCAGCAACUGUCAUACAGCACCAUUCUUGAUCUUAUUCCACUGAUAGAGAUACCUGGAGUGAAAAAGGGCCGUGCUCACCAGCUUUAUAAUGCUGGCUAUAAAACUCUAGCACUCGUAGCCAAAGCUAGUGUGAAGGAUUUGGUGAAGGAUAUAGAACACAUGUCCAAGAAACUUGCUCGACAGAUUAUCGCUUCAGCGCAGCUGCUUCUAGACGAAAAAAGAGAAGCUUUAUUAGAAGAAAUUGAACAACUGGUCACUAUUCCUGAAUUUGCCAAACAACACACUGAACAGAAACUUAAUGAAGAAACCUUGAACGUUAAAAACAAGGACUCAAACGAAACAUCGCCAACAGUAUUGUCUGGCAGUGAUUUUGAUGAAAUCCAAAAUGAAAUCCCUGAUUCUCUUCUAGAUGAUUAUAUUUUGUAGAGUUUUUUUUUCUUUUUCUUUUUUUUCAUUCAAAUAUCACAGAGAAAUAUUUAUUUUUUUUAUCUCCUGUUUCUAUUUCUAUAUGUCUGACACUCCACAUGAACACACACAAACAGAUCUCAUUUACAUCUAUAUAUAUAUAUAUAUAUAUAUAUAUUUGUAUGUUUUAUAUAUAUCAUCAUCAUCAUUGUUUUAAUGUCUGUUUUUCCAUGUUUGCAUCAGUCAGAUUUUUUUGGCAGAUUUUUUUUUCUGGCUGAAUGCUCUCCCUGUUGCCCCACUCCCCACCCCACCUGGUCCCAAGCAUGGUAAUAUUCUCUUCCCUUCAGACAUUUUCUUGGAAGACUGCAAACAAAUGACACUGCUUUCAUGAUGUUUUAUUAGUUUAAAAAUUGACUCAGUAUUUCUCACUGUCCAGACACACACACACUGAGACCAGUGGUGUAUGAUGGUUAUUGUGUUGGGUGUGCUGUCACCCCCAAUGCCACCAAAUUUCAAGCAGGGGUGUAACAAAAGUUUUCCAUUAAGAUUUGUGAUUAAAUUAAUGAGUAUAAUGAAUUUGCCAUUUGCGAUGGCACCUAGCACACCCAGAAUAUACACCCCUGACUAAGACACAUACAUACAUACAUGGUUACACAACUGGCUUCUUUUCAUUUUUUGCCUGGAAAAUCCACUCAAAGCUUUGGUUGGCCCUGGGUUACAAUAGACCACAUUUGUCUAAGGUGCUGUGCAGUGGGACUGAACCUGGAUCAACAUGGUUGCAAAGUGAUCUUCUUAACAACAGAGACAUCACACACACACACACGCACAUAUACACACAUACAUACACAUACGCACACAUACACACACACACAUGUACACACACACGUGCACACACACACAUACACAUAUAUGCACACACACACACACGUACACAUAUACACACACACAUACAUACACGUACAUACACAGAUACGUGUGUAUACACACAUCUAAAUAAUGCACGUGUUUCUCUGACCCAUCUAAAGUUAAAGGAGCAGCAAUGACCCAUUGAAUCUAUGCUGAGAAGUAAAAUGGAUGUAAAAUGAUGACGAAGAUGAUGACCACAACAACGAUGUACACAAAAUUGCAGUCAUGUUCAGAUGCUUAAGAAACUCACUCUGAAAUCAUCAUGUACUGGGUUUGAUCUGACUUCAAAAGCUUCUUGAGAAAAUAUCAAAAGCCUUGGUUUGACACGAGCAUUCUGAGUGAAAUUAGGGAGGUAGAAAUUUGAAUGGAGGCCCUCUCAGUUGGGCCCUGUAAUUCAAAAAGCCAGCCUUGUCAUACUCUGUCUGACUUAAGGGUCCAAGUUUCACUCGUUACAUACAUGUUGGUACAAGAAGUUGGUAGUAAAUACCUGUUAAUACAAGUUGAUAGUUCAGUUGAUCAAAUAGUUGGAAUAUUCAUAAUUAGAACUGACAGUGUGUGUGUGUUUGGGUGUAUGUAAAUAUUGAUUGAACAAACAUAAUGGAUUAUAUAUAUAUAUAUAUAUAAAAAAAAACCCUUGUUUUGAUUUUGUAAUUUUGGUGCCAUGCUAUGAAUAUUCAGUGUCAUUUAUUAAGACAUAUAAUAUAUCAGUAAUGAAAUAAAGCUUUAUUUGGAUUA